GAUAAAUAUAUAAUUUAAUUUUUGAAGUGGCCAUCCCAGCCUAUGAGUUAAUGGUUGGUGCCCAAUCACAUUACAACGCACAGAGGCACGUGCCAGUUUACCACUAAACGGAGGCAGUUAGCGUACCGCUCAGAUAAGUGGCGUUCUCCACGCUGGCUCAAGCCUCGUCAGAAAUUUAAACGGUGCGUUUAGGGCGUACGCCGGGUCCCGAUUGGGAGCUUCUGGAUCCUGGGGGCCCGCAAAAGAAACGAUUCACAGAAGAAAAACGAAAACCCUAAUUAAAGUCUUAAAUCUUAAACCCCCAAUCACCUUCACUGGCUCCUCCUCUCUCGCAAUCGAAUUAUCAGUACAAGAAAAAUGGUGUGGUUUCAGUGUGAAGAUUGCGGAGAGAAUUUGAAGAAGCCUAAGUUACCUAAUCACUUCAGAAUUUGCUCAGCUUCUAAGCUAUCAUGUAUCGAUUGCGGAGAGAUGUUCGGGCAGGAUAGUGUUCAGGGCCAUACUCAGUGCAUUACUGAGGCGGAAAAAUAUGGUCCGAAAGGUCAAGGGAAAGCUCCAAAUGGUGCCACUCCUAAGACCAACAAGAACGCAAAGCAGCAGCCCGAUGUUGAUAUAAAUGUUGGGUUAUCUGAACGCCCUCCAUGGUUUUGUAGUCUCUGCAAUACCAAGGCUACUAGUAAGCAGACUUUGCUUCUCCAUGCUGACGGAAAGAAGCACCGGGCAAAGGCUCGAGCUAUUCAUGCUGCCAAGCAACAACAAACUAAAGAGACAGAAGAAUCUACUCAAGAUAAACCUUCCACUGUUCAGAUUACUACAAAUGGUGAAUUGCAAGAUAACAAACAUGUCGAGGAACAAAAUGUGCUAGAUGUGCCCAAAGCUGAUAAAGUGCACAAUGAUGCAGGAACAGAGAGUGGUAAACCGUCAAAAAAGAAAAGAAAACUUGAUGAGUCUAGGAGCGAUGGCACGGGGCAAAAGAAUGGGGGUGAUACUACAAAUGGAAUAGGCAAUGGUGUGGUUCAAGCUGAAAGAACCAAAGCAGAGGAAAUGGAGAGUCAGUUGAAGAAAGCUAAACAGAAUGGGCUCAAAGAUGAUAGGGUGGUAGAAUCUGGCUCUAUCAAAGAAGAUACCAAAAAGAAGAUAAAGUUGAAGAAAUUGAUCAAGUCAGCCCUGAUAUUGAAUCCAGAUGGGGUUUUGAAGAUGAAGAAACUGAAAAAACUUGUUCUGAAGUCUAUCCAGGAAUGUGGCAUAACAGAGGAUGAAAGCCAAUUCAGUGAAAUGCUUGAACAAAAGAUCAAUUCAAGUUCCAGAUUCAGAGUUGAUAAGCAAUAUGUCCAUCUGGUGGCUAAAGAUUAAAGCUGAGCAUUUUGAUUGUCUAGAAGAGAAUUUGCUAAUAGUAGCUGCAUCCAUUUGCAGAGUUAAUCAUGUUAAGCUUUGCCUUCGUUUCAUAACAGCAAUUUUGGGGACCUGUUGGAGAUUGUGCCAUCACGUAGAGUGUUAUUGAUAGAAAAUUUUUGGAGGAUCGUCACCAUUGUAUUCUUUUACUUUUUCUUACAGUUGGGAUUUUUUUAAGUAAACGACAUUAUAUGCCUCCAAAUUUCAGAGCCAGACCUAUGCAUGUUUUUUCUUUUUUGAUCAAA